AUGGCACGAAGUCCAGGGCUACCCGAGUCUCACGGUCGCGAUGGCGGAAGCAUCGCCCGCUCUACAUUCUCCCGCGGGUCCCCCGCUAUCCCGAGCCCCGGAUACUGGCAGAAGUUUCGAGGAAAGAAAGACUUCACAGAAUCCGUGCGAUUCGGGUGCUUCGUGUCCUUGGCCCUCGCGUCGGCGGUGAUUGUCGCGCUCACGGCUGUGAUGAUAGUUUCGCCGCAGUCCCCGCAAAAGCUGCUGCUUAAGUCCGCGUUUUCAGCGUCCUCGUCGCUUUCGAUUCUUCCGGCGACGAAUGCAGCGACAGAUGCGGCGAUAGAUGGGAGAUCAUAUGAGAUUCGCGCGGAACGAAGCAGCAUGCCGGAGACAAUUAGCGAAGUGACUGUCGCCAUAGCAGAGGGCGAUCUUCCCGCGCGCCUGCAGACCCUCUGUCUCGCGCCCGCGGUGGCGGCAGCGCUGUGGCGCCGCCAGCAGCAGCGGACGGGGGAGGGGUGGGCGCAACCCGCGGGCACGCGCCUGGGGCUUCGCGCGGGGUCGGCGGGAGGGGAGGGUGAGGGGAAGCGCAUGACGGUUGUGUGGGCGCAACAAGCAACGGAAGGCGGGGCAGAAGGGGGGAAAGCGGAUGUGGCGUUCCGCGCGCUGUUUGAAGAUGCGACCAACGGGAGCGCGACACCUGGCACGGGAUUCGUGCAUCCGGGCUGGAAGGUGUCCCUGCGAGUGCCACGUCACCUGAAGUCGCUGGUGCACCAGGAUUGGACCCCCCCCGAGGCAUGUUCUGCCCUUCGCCUCUUCCAGUCGUGCCUGGGCGCUCUCCAGCCCUCGCCACAUGUCACCAGAUUACUGGCUGGGGAACUGGGGGAGGAGCAGGAGGAUCAGAUCAAAGGAGCAGGAAAUUCAUUGUCACUUCUUUCCAGGCUUAAAUCGAGUACAGCAGUGUACCUUGAGGCCAAUCAGGUGAUGCCAGGUGGCACGUGCGGAGGGUGCCCCGAGGACCCUCUACUCAACUGCACGCUUCGCACGCUGACGUGGCGCUACCUGCGCGUGCCGUCCAACUCGUCUGACGUGGACUUCACUGUAGCAGCUGCCUCUGCUACAGACGCUGCUACAGUCGCCGGCACCUUCCAUCCCCUGCGCGCCCCUCUCCUCCUCCCCCACACCCGCAAGCGCAUCAGCCUCGGCUGCCCUGCCUCUCCCCAUCUCUCCUCCUCCCUUUCUUCUGCUCCCUCUCCUCCUCCACUCGCUACCGCGUCGCGACAAUCCAGUGAGGGCGAGGAGGAGAGCGGGAGAGAGGAGCAGCUGGAAAACGAGGUGCAGAGGGAGGGCAAGCAGCAGAGGGAGGAGGAGGAGGGAACCGGGAGCGAGGAGCGGAAUGAGGGUGAGGAUGGAAGGGAGAGCGGGCAGCAGAGCGCUGGCGGGAAGAAGAGCGCGGGCGAAGGAGGCCCGGCAAAGGCAACUCGGAGAAGAUGGGUGCUGGAAGAGAGAGGAGAUGCGGAGGGAGGAGAUGCGGAGGGAGGAGAUGCGGAGGGAGGAGAUGCGGAGGGAGGAGAUGCGGAGGGAGGGCAGAAUGGGAGAGAGGAAGGAGACGAGUUGCAAGAGGAGGAAAGGGACGAGGAAACGAAGGAGAGGGAAGAGGUGACAGGAGUAGAGGGGGUUGGUGGGCAAUUCAUGAAGAAAGAAAUGGGCGACAGUGAUGACAGCAUUGGUGGCAACCACAGUAGCAGCGGCAGCAGACGAGUAAGAAAAGGCAGGAGCAGCAAAACUGCGAGUAGCAGUGGGACUGUCAGCACCGCCACGACUGCCAGCACCGCAGGCAGUGCUAGCACGAGCAGCGCUGCUGCUGACCAGACGGAGUGUCAGCAGCUGCAACUGGCGGAGCUGCUGCUGCUGUCGUCCGCUAAAGGGCUCCUUCACACGCGCCCCUCUGUGGAGGCUCUCUUCAUUGCCGCGCAGGCCAGGGCGCGGAUCAACCAGGACGCACACACUGCUUCUGCUGCUAGUGCUGCUGCUGCUCCUGCCGCUGACAAUGCUGCUGCUGUGGCGCUUGGAGGCGAAACUGGUUUCUCCACUGCACCGUUAUCUGCAUCCUCGUUUGUGGUGGACCCGUCAGUGUGUGAAGCCCCUGAGGUGGCGCCUUUCAAGAACAUGUGGUUCCUGCGGCAGUAUCUCGUGGAUGAGGAGCUGAAGACCAUCUACUGUUUUGUGCCCAAGGCGGCGUGCACGAGUUGGAAGCACUCGGGCCUACACGUGCUCGCGUCCGGAUACACCGAAUCUGCCGUCAUGGCGCUCCUCACCCGCCCGGACUUCUUCAAAUUCACGUUCGUGCGCCACCCGUUUGCGCGCCUCGCGUCCGCCUACCUCAACAAGCAUGUGAACGGGGGGCCACCGCAGGGGCGGGCGUUUUGGAACAAGAGGUUCUUCCACGGGACGCGGCCGUUCCAGUGGCUGGUGGAGCACCAGGGGGGGUCGGACUUGCUGCAGUUUGGGGACUUUGUGGGGCUGCUGCGGACCAUGUUUAAGAGGAGGCGACGUACCAUGGACCCCCAUGUUGCACCCCAGGUGGAUGUGUGCCGGCUGAACGACAUUCGCUUUGAUUUUGUGGGUCAUUUUGAGAACCUGGCAGAGGACGUGCCGGUGGUGAUGCAGCGGCUGAAUCGCACUAUCACGUCUGAAGCAUUCUCCAUUGGGAAAUCAGCACACCCCACUAAUGCUCGUGACAAAUUCCUUGAUCUAUUUGACAAGAAAGCGUAUGACGAAGCAACUGAGUUCCUCUCCAUGGACAUGAAAGUGCCGCUGAACAACAUAUCGUUUUCACCUCCCCCAAGAUUACUUGAGCUCUUUGGGGAAGUAAAUAAGGCCCGUGCCAGUCGCAAUAAGCGACGUAGUUAA